AUGGCUGCCAGGAAUUACACCCCAGUGACUGAAUUCUUCCUCAUUGCGUUCACCGAGCAUCCCGAGUGGGGGCUUCCUCUCUUCCUGGUGUUUUUGGGUUUCUAUCUUGCCACUCUGCUGGGGAACGCAGGGAUGAUCAUCCUGAUCCGCAAAGCCCGCCGGCUCCACACCCCGAUGUACUUCUUCCUCAGCCACCUCUCCUCGGUGGACAUCUGCUACUCCUCCGCCGUCGUCCCUCAGAUGCUGGCUGUGCUGUGGGAGCACGGCGCGCUCAUCUCCCGAGCGCGCUGUGCGGCUCAGUUCUUCCUCUUCACCUUCUUCGCCUCCGUCGACUGCUACCUCUUGGCGAUCAUGGCGUACGACCGCUACGUAGCCGUGUGCCAGCCCCUGCUUUAUGUCACCGUCAUGACGGAGAGGGCCCGCGUGGGCUUAGUAGUUGGGGCUUACGUUGCUGGCUUUUGCAGCGCCUUCGUUCGCACGGUCACGGCCUUCACUCUCUGCUUUUGCGGAAGCAACGAGAUCAACUUCAUCUUCUGCGACCUCCCCCCUCUGCUGAAACUCACUUGCGGGGACAGCUUCACCCAAGAGGUGGUGAUUAUUGUGUUUGCCGUUUUUGUCAUGCCUGCUUGCAUCUUGGUGGUCUUGGUGUCCUACCUGUUCAUCAUCGCGGCCGUCAUGCAGAUCCGCUCGCCUGGAGGCCGGGCCAAGACCUUCUCCACCUGCGCCUCCCACCUCACGGCCGUCGCUCUCUUCUUCGGCACCCUCAUCUUCAUGUACCUGCGCGAUGACUCGGGCCGGUCCUCGGAGGGAGACCGAGUGGUGUCUGUGCUCUACACAGUGGUGACCCCAAUGCUGAAUCCCCUCAUCUACAGCCUGAGGAAUAAGGAGGUAAAGCAGGCUGUCGUGAAAUCCCUGAGCAGACCAAGGGCUUCCGGGAGGCCUUAG